AUGCCGGUCUCGUUGCGCUGUCUGGUUACUGGGUUAGAUUCGCGGUACGGGCUCACCGUCACGAGACUACUGCGCGUCGCGACGUCCGACACACGAGUGCAGCGUCGUGUCGUGUGUUGCACCGAAAAUUCCCUCUCCCCCCCCCCCCCCCCCCCCCUCUUCACCGCACCGCGCACCCUUCGCCGCGUAGUCGCGGGCCCGCCUCGCGAAAUUUUCGAACGGGGCCGUUCCGCGCAGCGCCAUCUAUGGGCGGACGGCGGCCCGCACUCCGUAGCGCGUGGCCUUGAACUUGACAGCACAUCGCGACCGACCCAGUUUCGCGCGGCGGCGCGACGCAACCGCGCCCCCCCGCCGCCCCGCCGUCCCGCCCCCGCCCCCCCAGUCAACUGUCACGGCCGCGCCGGC